GUUGGUCGUGGAGCUCUCUAUAGACUUCCAUUCAUUGUUUUAAAACAAUGGGGAUCGGUCUAGCUCUUUGUUUAUUUUCUUGCCUUGUUUUAUCCGGAGUACUAGGUGUAUAUGUACCCAGAUCAUCACAAACAACUGCAAGUGGCUCGGACGACGAACCUAAGGGUUCUUUUGAUUAUCAUGGUAGCAUACUGUCCUCACUACUAAAAGCAUUAUCCGAAAAAGACGACUGGAUAGAUCCUACGCCGAGACAGAGGCCCGAUUCCAAAUAUGUCUCAUACAUGAAAAGACUGUAUAGGAUGUCUGCGAAACACGGGCCUCGGGGUCAUAAAAGUCACCUGUACAACACGGUGAGGUUGUUUACUCCGCGCGAUGAGUGUCUGAAACGGGGAAAAGAGUUAUUCACAGGAGACCUUUCUUAUAACUUGGAUCGUCUAAGAGCCCAGGAGCUUCUUCUGAAGUCUGUACUGUUGUAUUGGUUUGAUAAAGAAAACGUGAGUCAGCUCACUUCCAUCUGCCAUUUGGACAUCAAAGAACAGGAGCUUCCUGACCAACAAGUGUGUUCCAGUGAUCAGGGCUCUUUCAGCUUCCCUGUUCAAAUUGAAAGGAGAAAUCGGAGAAAAUGGAUUGAGGUUGAUGUCACAUCUUUCCUUCAGACCCUUAUCAAAUUCCACAGGAAGAGCAUCCACCUGGUCGCCAAUUUGACCUGUAUUGGGGAAGGAGGAGGGAGAGCUCCUCUUGAGCUUUCUUUGAAGUCGCCGUCCCUCCUUCUGUAUCUUAACGACACCAGUGAACUGGCUCAUCAGCGGCGCUCCGGAUCUGUCAACGCAGCGAAACCGGAAACCCCACGGCAAAGCUUAGACGCCGGCAUCUUUGAAACUCAGUCCCGCCUACAGGUGGGAAAAAGGUCUUUGCGGACCAGAAGAAACUUGGUUCCAGGUGAAGCGGGUCUCCCUGACCCGACGGCUACGACCGUUAGUCUCUUUCGCCACUUUCAAAAGUACGACUUUCCAACAGAUGAGUGUGAGCUCCAUGAUUUCAGAGUAAGCUUUAGUCAGCUCAAGUUGGACCACUGGAUAAUUGCUCCCCACAGAUACAACCCCCGUUACUGCAAAGGGGUUUGCCCAGGGGCUGUGGGUUACCAUUAUGGCUCCCCAGUUCAUACCGUGGUGCAGAACAUCAUUUAUGAAAAGCUGGAUUCUUCUGUACCCAAGCCAUCAUGUGUGCCAUCAGAGUAUAGCCCCCUGAGUGUUUUAACCAUAGAAAAUGACGGCUCCAUUGCUUAUAAGGAAUAUGAAGAGAUGAUCGCUACUAAAUGUACUUGUCGCUAGAUCACUAGAAAUGGCUUAAAGAAUUGGAAGGAUUGGGCUAAAUUAUUUCACCACGACCGUGUCAUCAACCUGUUACCAAAUUGUUGUUGCAAAUUAUGGAAAUGUCUCUUAAACUAAUGGAAAAAUAGUUUUUUUUAUUGUGCACAGAGUUACAUAUUUUGAAAAGACAUUGGGUAAUGCUGCAAAUAAUAUCUAGAACAGAAGAAUUUACUUAAAGUAAUUUUGUUUGCCAGAAUAAAAUAUAUAUAUAUAUUUUAGCCAAAUGGGGAAAGUUGAAUAAGAUGGUAAAAUGUUUUUUCUGUUAUUUUGUUUUUCAGAUGUAUAAUUUAUUGACUUUGCAAUGAAAUGGAGAUAUUGUACAUGGUUACAAAACGAGCCGGAAAUAAUGUGAAACAUCCUGAACACUCGCGAAGCAUAGAAACCACAUUCCGAGAGAAAUGCGGUUC